UACACAAAAUAACUACAAUAUUUUGUAAAAUGACCACAAAUAGACAAAAAACAACAAGAAGACACAAAAACCAGGAAGGCAUUCAAAAUGACCACCAAGAGAUCCAAAGAAACUGCAAAGAGACACAAAAUAACUACCAAGCAGGCAAAACAACCACAGAGAGACAUAAAAGAAGCAAAAGGAGGUAUGACAUUACCUCAAAGAGACACAAAACCACAAAAAAAUUCAAAACAAUAACAAAGACACACAAAACCACCGCAAAGUCUGUGUAUUUUUCUCCUAUCUGGUGGUGGUGCCUUUUGCAUAGCUGUGCCCAGGGCCCCAAUGUCUCAUAAUGCGCCCAUGAAAUCUACAAAACACUCAUAUGAGCAGCUGUUAAGUCUGAGUUAUACCUCCUCUCCACUGAAUUUUAUAAGAAACAUUAACUAAAUGUCAUAAAUUACCAAAUUAUGACCAAAACUGCAAAUUUACUCAUAAAAAUUAAAACAGUCUCAUAGGAAUAAAACAGUGGAAAUCUGAGGUGAUCGGUCUCAAUUCGUCAGCUGAAAACUGACAUGAGUUGUGGCCAGGUGAGGCGGGGAACUCAUAUUUCCUCAUUUUCUGCGGGACUUGAAUGUAACAUGAUUCCAGCCCGUUUUGGCACGAUUUUCGCUCAGCUCCCCUGCGCGUUAUCACUCUGCUGUGUGUGAGUGGAUCAUCUCAUUUAGACAGAGAGCGUCCUCACACGCGGACGAGAUGUUUUAGCAUUGAAUAGUCUCAGAUAAUGUCAUUUAGGCAGGAUUCAUCAGACCUGAAAUAUCUCCUGCAAUCACCUCGCUGAGAUCAUUUCAGCCGCUUCAUUUGGACACAUAGUGUUUUGGGGGCAGAUAUAGACAGUGAGCAAUUUCACAGUUUCAGCUUUUUUUAAAAAAAAAAAAAAAAAAAAAAAAAAGAAUGAAUAAGUGGUAAGCUCUCCGUCCAGCGUUUCCAUGCAACAGCGCGGUGAAGCCGCACGGAGGGAUAGAUGCUGAAACAGAGAGCGAAGGCACAGUAGAUCUGGACCCUUUGAGCGCCUUUUAAAGCCAAUGGAGCGACGAGAUGAUGGAGGCGAGCAGGUCGGGAGCGUAAAUCACCAUGAUAGCGCAAAGGAACCCGGUUCUCCGGCCUUAGCUAGUGAGCACUCAGGCAGCCCACAGCAGGAGGAGGCCGCCAUGAUGAGGAGGAACGACAUCUACCUGCCAGUCCCUGGCGAAGAGAAGAACCUGGACUACGACAACACCGAGCCCAGGAGCAACGAGUCCAUACCGAUGAAAAACCUUUACGCAGAUGACGGCUCGCCUCUGUGUCAACGGUUAGGCCCGUUCUUCUCUGAUGGCCGGCGGCGUGUGGACUACGUGCUGGCGUACCAGAUCCAGAAGCCCAACAGCAUCCGGCGCCAGUCCUCCAGGUUCGGAGGAGAAAACUUCAUCCGACGGCUUCGGCGCAGCCUGAGCUCAAGAAGCAGCCGUGCCCCUCUGCAGCCAAAGGAGGACCCGGAGAUCGCCGCCCAGGAGCAACGGGGUGACUAUCAUGAGGAUGACAAGCGCUUCAGGCGGGAGGAGUUCGAGGAAAACCUCCUGGAGACGGGACUGGAGCUGGAAAAGGAUGAAGGGUGUAAGAUCCCUGGAAUCGGCUUCUUGAAGAUCCAUGCCCCGUGGAACGUACUGUGUCGAGAGGCGGAGUUCAUGAAGCUCAAGAUGCCGACAAAGAAGGUUUACGACGUGAAACAAGGCAGUAAUCUGGUGGAGAAGAUCCGACUGUUCAUCCACAAAGUCACGACUCCUCUCCACCCGAAAGUAGACGCCAACCGGCCACAAAGCGUCAAAUCCCUCUCCCACCCUUUCUCCAGAGAGAAGCAGCAUCUAUUUGAUCUGUCUGACAGGGACAAGUUCUUUGACAGCAAGACCAGGAGCUCAAUAGUCUAUGAGGUGCUGAAGAGGACAAGAUGCACAAGAGCCAAAUACUCCAUGGGGAUCACCAGUCUGUUAGCCAAUGGCGUCUAUACAUCCGCUUAUCCUCUGCACGAUGGAGAUAUCGAGGGGGUGAAUGCAGAACCGAACGACAGGAAGCUGCUGUACGAUGAGUGGGCCAGCUACAGCGUCUUCUACAAGUACCAGCCUAUCGGACUCAUCAGAAAGUAUUUUGGGGAGAAGGUCGGACUGUAUUUUGCCUGGUUAGGAGUCUACACACAGAUGCUGAUCCCUGCAGCCAUCGUCGGAGUCAUCGUGUUCCUCUAUGGCUGUGCCACUGUCGAUGAUAACAUACCCAGUAUGGAGAUUUGUGAUCCCAGGAAUAACAUCACCAUGUGUCCGCUGUGUGACCGCGCCUGCAGCUACUGGAAGCUGGUGACGGCGUGCGGAACAGCGAGAGCCAGCCACCUGUUUGAUAACCCGGCCACCGUCUUCUUCUCCAUCUUCAUGGCCCUCUGGGCGGUCCUCUUCAUGGAGCACUGGAAGAGACGACAGAUGCGACUCAACUACAUCUGGGACCUGACAGGCUUCGGAGAGGAGGAGGAGGAGGAGCAUAAGGACCACAACCGAGCGGAGUACGAGUUCCGAGUCAUGCAAAAGACUAUGAGACAAGAACACGCAACCCCGAAGGGUGAAAAGGUGAAGCUGACCUGUACAGACAGACUGCCGGCUUACUUGACUACUGUGGUGACGAUGUGCUUCAUGAUCCUUGUGACAUUUGCGAUCGUCUUCGGGGUCAUCCUGUACCGAAUCAGCAUCAAGGCUGCGCUGCACAUGAGCAACUACGCGGCAGCCCGGUCCAACAUCAGAGCCACCGUCAAAACCACCGCCGCCAUCAUCAACCUCAUCGUCAUCAUCAUCUUGGAUGAAAUCUACGCAUCCAUCGCCCGCUGGCUCACCACCCUGGAGGUUCCAAAGACAGAAAAGAGCUUCGAGGAGCGCCUCAUCUUUAAAACCUUCAUCCUGAAGUUCGUCAAUGCUUUCACACCCAUCGUUUAUUUGGCCUUCUUCAGGGGCAGGCUCGUUGGACGACCUGGAAACUACUUGUAUGUCGUUGGAUCGUACAGAAUGGAAGAGGACGAUGAAGAGCCACUUAAGGCUCUUCAUCAUCUCCACUGGUUGACCGAUAAAGGAGGGAGGGCAGUGAGAGGUGGUGAGUUUAUUGCUGUGCCGAAUGGCGAAGAUGAGCUCCUUCGUCUCGGUGUCGGUGUGGAGGAGGUGACUGUCUGUAAACCACACCACAAUCUGUCCUAA